CCUUCUUUUUACUCGCAGCCAAUCACGUCGGCAGUAGUUGUGUGGAUUACAUGUACGGGUCAGACGCUACUGAAAUAAUUGAGUGAGCCUCAAUGACAGACUGCGGAAUCAUAGCCGGGACAACAAACUCAAAUUAAAACGGUACACAUCUGGGAUCGAUACUCAAGCGGACCAUGGCAGCGUAGCUUUUGAGGUCUUUUUAAAGAUGGGGGUCACCAGACAGGUGUUGCUCCUGCUCUGGAAGAACGUCACCUACCGCAGGAGAAACAAGAUCCAGCUGAUCAUCGAGCUAGUCUGGCCGCUCUUCCUCUUCCUCAUCCUCAUCGCCGUUCGCCACUCCCACCCGCCCUACAAGCAGAGCCAAUGUCACUUUCCCAACAAGGCCCUCCCCUCGGCGGGCACCCUGCCCUGGAUCCAGGGCAUCGUCUGCAACAUCAACAACCCCUGCUUCCACAGCCCCACGCCGGGGGAGACCCCGGGACAAGUGGGCAACUUCGACAACUCAAUUCUGUCCCGUGUGUUCGCCGACGCCCAGACCAUGCUGACCUACGGCGGGAACAACAGCUUCACGGGCUUCACGGGCCUCCAGCAGAGCCUGGCGCGCCUGGGGGAGCGACCCGGAGCCUGGCCAAAUCUCCCUGUCGGUGAAUACCUGAAAGCCAAUGAGACGUUCUCUACCUUCCUCCUGACCAAUGGCAACCUGUCCUCUGCGACUGUGGAUCAGCUGUUGAAGGCCCGCCUUAAUUUGCAGGUCACCGUAGCGGCGCUGGGCAUCCCCCUUAGCACCCUGGUGUGCAACGCCAGCCUGCUGGGGCGCUACCUGAGUGUGGGCGGGGGGGACGCCGCCGCCAUGGCCGACCUGCAGGGGGCGCUGUGCGGCCUCCAGCCCGACACCCUGAUGCAGGCCGAGCGCCUCUUCCUCUCCCAGCUCGACUUCUCCAAGGUCUUCACGAGGGAGCGUCUCUUUGCUAACGCUGGUGAUCUGAGGAUCAUCAGCCGAGCUGCGACUGAUGUCUCUAAGGAGCUGGCCGUUCUUCUGGACCAUUUCUCCUCCCUCUCCAGCUUCACAGACCUCAGCUCCGACCUGCGCCUCCUCCUGCCGGGGGAGAACCGCUCAGCGGCGGGGGCGGGGGCGGGGGCCCGGGAGCGCUACCGGGCCUUCUCCCGGGUGGUGUGCGGUCACCCCGAGGCGGGGGGGGAGCGGGUGCCCUCCCUCAACUGGUACGAGGACAACGACAUCAAGUCCUUCCUGGGCAAGAACGGCACCGAGGACCUGGACCUGGACGGGGACAACGACACCACGCCGUUCUGUAAGAGCCUGAUCCAGACGCUGGAGUCCAACCCGCUGUCCCGCAUCGUGUGGCGGGGGAUCAAGCCGCUGUUCAUCGGGAAGCUGCUCUACACGCCGGACACGCCCGCCGUCCAGCAGGUCAUGAAGCAGGUGAACAAGACCUUCCAGGACCUGGGGAUCCUCCAGGACCUGAACGAGGCGUGGCUGGAGGUGGGCCCGGCCAUCAAGGACUACAUGGAGACGGGGCCGCAGGUCCGCCUGCUGCAGGAGCUACUGCGGCGGCCCCAGGUGGCGGUGCUGGUGAACAUGAACCUGCAGCAGACCAGCUGGACGGCGUCCAGCAUCGCCCGCUUCCUGUCCACGCGGCCCGCCGGCUCCCCCCGCCCCGCCGGAGCCCCCCCCACCUGGCUGGACGUGUACGACGACUUCAACCACACCCUCAGCACGCUGGCCCAAGUCACCCAGUGUUUCUCUCUCAACAAACUGGAGGGGGUGGCGACCGAGGGGAAGAUGAUUGACAGGGCCCUGGAGCUAAUCGAGAACAGGGAGUUCUGGGCGGGCGUGGUCUUCCUGAUGCCUAACUCCUCCUCCAACGACAGCCUGCCGCCACACGUCACCUACAAGAUCCGCAUGGACAUCGAUGACGUCACACGCACCAACAAGAUCAAGGACCGGUUCUGGGACCCCGGUCCUGCGGCGGACCCCUUCAAUGACAUGCGCUACAUCUGGGGGGGCUUCGCUGAUGAGGAGAGACUCGGUCUACUGGGCCAGUCUCCACGGCUGCCCCACCUGGCGGGCCUUUGGCGCGGGCCUGACCACCUUCCCCCUGCUGCCAUGGUGGCUCUGAACCUCUUCUUCCUCUACAACCUGGGCCUGGAGUACCCCGCCUUCCGCUCGCAGGACCUGCUCCUCAACCAGGACACGCCCUCUCUGUGGUCGCCGGGGGCGACGACCCCCAAGCCCAACGCCACCCUGGACAAUAUGUGA